AUGGGCGCGGUCGAUCCCACUUACCCGCUCUUCACCGUUGCCAGCUUAAUAUCUUCGGUGAUGCUACUCAUGGUACUCGCCUCGAACACUGUUCGUCAGAGUUGGAACCUCGGCCUGACUUUGUUGUGCUUCUGGCUCUUUCUUGGAAGCAUCGCGAAUGCUAUAGACUCCAUCGUAUGGUCCGACAAUUACGACGUCAAGUUGUACGUCUGGUGUGACAUUGAUUCGCGACUCGAGCUCAUCGUCUACUUCGUCAAGCCCAUGGCAACUCUUAUCAUCUCUCGCCGCCUGUACUUGAUCGUCAGUCUCCAGUCGGUGGAGCCUCCCAGUAUUGCAGCUAAGCGAUGGGAUCUUGCCGUGGAGUGGGGUGUGGGUUUAGUCAUCCCACUGCUGAUAGCUGGCCCCAUAUACUACAUCAACCAGUCCGCUCGAUUCGAGAUCAUUGAGGGCUUUGGUUGUGCGGACACCUCGUACGUAUCAAUACUUGAAGUCCUCAUUGAGGAGUCGUGGGGUGUUCUUCCUCCUUUGGUCUCUGUCAUCUUCUACUACCCGAAGUUGGUGCGGACCUAUCUUCGACAGAGAAAGGACGUCGAUAGGUUCCUCCGUAGCAACUCCUCGGUCUCCCAUUCCAACUAUCUCCGCAUCCUCGCCAUCGCCACCAUCGACAUCUUACUCACAUUGCCUAUCGGUAUCGUGAACAUAACCAUGAUCAUCGUAGCGGCGCUUGCCCCUCCGAAAGACUUCCCCUUUUACCCGGGCUGGGAAUACCUGCAUGCUGAUGAUUGGGAACCGGGCACUGCGUCGUAUGCCGAUAUGACGGCGGACGGUGGGGUUGCAGAUCUAGCACAGAUAUACUUCACCCGAUGGACCUCCCCCGUACUCGCCUUCACUAUCUUCGCUCUUUUCGGCGUGACAUCUGAAGCGCGCGGGGCAUACUGGCGCAUCCUCUGCUCUGUCGGCGGCCGAUUUGGUUGGAAGCCCACUGCUCCUACCCGAAAAGGACAGAACUCGCUCGGAGAGAUCGAGUUCGGCGCCGCGCCACGCGCUACAGAGGGUGCGGACCUCGAGAUAGGGUCGCAUACACCGAGCUUCUUCCGCAUAGAGGCAGUGCCCGCCGCGACGGAUAUGAACUUCGAUGAGAAAGUUCACCGAGAAGACUCCUCAGGAGAUACAGACUCUCAAGCCGUCAGGCGCAGUAAAUUGGCCAUAGGAGAGUCUUGGGAUGCCUUCGAGAGAUCUGACGCCGACAGCGCCGAUUUGGGCAAGGAGAUCAAGGAACCAUGUGGCGAUACAACUCGCGAGCACAGCUCUUCUGGCGAGCGCGAAGAUGUGGCAGACGUCGAUUCUGCCCGUUCUAUUGACGAAAACGUCGGAAGUGGUGAACCAACCGCUGUCUAG